UUUUGCAUUCUCCUCAAUCUCUUUCUCUCUCUUUCUCUCAGUUGAGGUCUUAUUCUCUCCCAAACUUUAUUCCAUUAAACCGCAACAACCUGCUUGGCAACGGUUGCCACCGAACAACCGACCAGCAACGUGUGAUCUCCAACGGAAAACGUACGUCGCGUUACGCGGCCGCUCCCAAACCGACGCAUGACGAUAGAUGCUCUCUCUCGCAAGUUAGGUGAUCCUGCUGCCCUUUUGCAUCCACCCCUGGUCCACUAUCCUAAACAACAUUGUUAGCAGACCCCCCCUCCCCCCUCCUUUUUGCUCUCGCUCUGCAUUGGGGGGCUGGACAUUCGAUGCUAAAGUGGUCACCGUGAACGGAUCACGCCAUAGUGUGCUUGUGGCGGUUGAACGAUUCUCGCGUGUGCUGCCGGUACCGGUGCGUCUCCAUCUCCACUCCUAAAUUGAUCCAAUUUCGCUGGUCUAAUCAAAAGAAAUUACCGCGUGCCGGUCGAUCAGUGGCGUGGAAUUCAUUUUGCAAUUAGGAAGAAACACUUGUCACACUUCCAACGCACGUCGUCGUCGUCGUUGUCGUGGUCAUCACUGCCUUAAACCAGAUGGCAACGGUGCAGCAGUUUACGCGCAGCUUGUUGCAACACUGCAACAAUGUUCGAGGUCCACUUGUGUUCUACAGUACCGCCAGUACGGCCGGUAACCAGAAGUUGCGACAAAUCAUCCAGGAACAGCUCGAUGGUAUCCGGGAGGCCGGUACGUACAAGAGCGAGCGCAUCAUUACCACACCCCAGGCCACGGCGAUCGGUGUUGAGGGCAGCACGGGAAAGAUCCUCAACUUUUGCGCCAACAACUACCUCGGACUUUCGGCAAACAGUGAUGUGAUUAACUAUGGUAAGAAGGCCCUGGAUGAGUAUGGGGCCGGUCUCAGCUCGGUCCGGUUCAUCUGCGGUACGCAGGACAUCCACAAGCAGCUGGAGAACAAGCUGACGGCAUUCCAUGAGCGGGAGGAUACGAUCCUGUACGCGUCCUGCUUCGACGCUAAUGCUGGCAUAUUCGAGGCCGUCCUUACACCCGAAGAUGCCGUCUUCUCAGAUGAGCUUAAUCAUGCCUCCAUCAUUGACGGUAUUCGGUUGUGUAAGGCCAAGAAGGCUCGCUAUCUGCACCGCAACAUGGCGGAUCUGGAGGAGAAAUUACGGACGACGGAUGCCCGAGUCAAGAUGAUCGUAACCGAUGGCGUGUUCUCGAUGGACGGUAAUGUGGCACCAUUGCCGGAGAUUUUCGAACUAGCCGAUCGUUACGGUGCGAUCACGUUCGUGGAUGAUUGCCAUGCGACCGGUUUCUUCGGACCGACCGGACGUGGUACGGAGGAGUUCUACGGUAUGCUUGGCCGGUGCGAUAUCAUCAACUCGACUCUGGGGAAAGCACUCGGUGGUGCGGCCGGUGGCUACACGACGGGUCCCCGGGAAUUGAUCGAUCUUUUACGGCAACGAUCGCGGCCUUAUCUCUUCUCGAACUCACUGCCACCGCCGGUUGUCGCGAGUGCGUACAAGGUGCUCGACAUGCUGAUGGCUUCCAGUGCGCUAACGGCCAAGGUGCAGAGUAAUACGCGCCGAUUCCGGGAAGCGAUGACGAAGGCUGGCUUUACGAUCUCCGGCAUGGAUCAUCCGAUCAGCCCGGUCAUGCUGGGCGAUGCACGGCUCGCGUCUACCUUUGCCGAUGAGAUGCUGAAGCGGGGUAUUUACGUGAUCGGGUUUAGCUAUCCCGUUGUACCGAAGGGUAAGGCCCGCAUCCGGGUACAACUGUCGGCCGCUCAUUCGGAGGAGGAAAUCGAUCGAGCCGUUGCUGCCUUUAUCGAAGUAGGCAAACAGCUCGGUGUGGUUGCGUGA